AGGUAGCUAACACAAACACUUCGUUGGUUGAUUUUGUUUGGUUCACUUUCUUUCUUCUUCUCAUUCCCUCUUCCUUCUUCUGCUUCUUCUCCUCCUCCCACCACACAAACCAAACCCACUCACUCCCGGGUCAAUGACCCAAACCCGAAAGCCCUCCUCGAAGCCCGAAGCCCGCGAAGCCCAAAACCCGUCGUUCUCGAGCAGCGGCAUGAAACUCAUCGUCCCCCUCCAGGGAGUGGUCCAGGGCCGCGGGGGCCUUCUCCUCGGGACCCUCGUCCCCUGCGCGCUCUUCUACUUCCUCCAGCUCUACCUCAAACGCCGCCGUUCCACCGCCAACUGCAACCCUCCCUCCCCCUCUUCCGAGCCCACGCUCCCUCGCACCUCCUCACGCUCCAAUUUGUCCGCGCGUGGCUCCAUUUCCCGCGUCCGCAUCUCCAGGCUCGCCACGCAGAUUUCCAGGCCCGACGAAUCGCUCUAUUACGUCGGCUUGGAUAGGGUUUCCAGGGAUCCCUACCACGCCCUCGACAAUCCCGAUGGGGUUAUUCAGUUGGGCUUAGCGGAUAACAAGCUGUGCUUGGAUUUGAUUGGGGAAUGGGUGGCGCGGAACUUGGAGGACUCUGUUGUGGGAACUGGUUUGAAUAUCAAUGGGAUUGCGCCGUACCAGACGUAUGAUGGAUUGAUGGAAUUGAAGAUGGCUUUGUCAGAUUUUAUGCAUCAGGUGAUGGGGGAAUCAGUGAAAUUUGACCCAUCUAAUAUGGUACUAACAGCUGGAGCAACUCCUGCAAUUGAGAUAUUGUCCUUCUGUUUGGCAGACCAAGGAAAUGCAUUCCUUGUCCCUACACCAUAUUAUCCAGGAUUUGACAGGGAUGUGAGAUGGCGUCCAGGGGUGGACCUAAUACCUGUCCACUGUCGCAGUGCCGACAAUUUCAAUCUAAAUAUCACUGCCCUUGAACAAGCAUAUAGUCAAGCAAGAAAGCGAGGAGUCAAAGUUCGUGGAAUUCUAAUUUCCAAUCCUUCAAAUCCUGUUGGCAAUAUCAUGACACAAGACAUGCUUUACAGUCUUCUAGAUUUUGCUGAAGAAAAGAACAUUCAUAUCAUCGCUGACGAAGUAUUUGCAGGCUCCACAUAUGGAAGUGAAAAGUUUGUGAGCCUAGCUGAAAUUCUUGAUUCAGAUUACAUAGACAAGAGUCGGGUUCAUAUAGUAUAUGGCCUGUCAAAAGACCUCUCACUUGCUGGCUUUAGAGUUGGAGUCAUAUGUUCAUUCAAUGACAGUGUUUUGGCUGCUGCCAAGAAGUUGAGUAGAUUUUCCUCUAUAUCUGCUCCAACCCAGAGGUUAGUUACAUCAAUGCUUUCAGAUAAAAGAUUUAUUCGCGAGUACUUUGAGACCAACCGCAAAAGAAUACAACAAGUGCAUGAUGAAUUUGUGGAUUGUUUAAGUAAACUAGGAAUCAAGUGUGCCAAGAGCUGUGCUGGCAUGUACUGUUGGGCUGAUAUGAAUGGACUAAUCCGACCUUACAGUGAGAAAGGAGAAAUUGAGUUAUGGGAGAAGUUUUUGAGUAUUGCUAAGAUCAAUAUAACUCCUGGAUCAUCCUGCCAUUGCAUAGAACCAGGAUGGUUUCGAAUUUGUUUUACUACUAUAACAUUAGAGGAGAUCCCUCUGGUUAUUGAACGAAUUAGGAGAGUUGUUGAAAGUUGUAAAUCUUCUAGUUGAAGUUCCAUUGUUUUCAUUGACAUUUACAGUUAAUGCCUGAUGUUGGAGUCAGAAGUUGCUGUUUAGAAAUUUUGGAAAGGAAUGUAUACAUCCCUAGUUAUCAAGUUCAGCUGUCUUGCGGAAUCCAGGAUUUAUUACAUUGCAGGAGAAAUAUUCUCGUAUGAUUCAAAGUCUCAACAUAGUAAACUGAGUUUGCAAUUGAGAGUUUGGUUUAAACUGAAUUUUGGUGCAAGAUUAGUUUUGGCCUUGGAAAGUGCUCCUUGAGCUUUCCUUCCGUCCUGGGAAAAACUAAUUCUUGAGUUGUCCCUCAUUCAUAUUGCUGGCUUUUAAGGUACAACAUCCAAGAGAUUGUUUUCUUAUGAUUUUGUGCACAAAGCACAAUUCAUGGAGGCAAAAAGAGUGAACGUUGGUUUGACAUGUACUUUUGUGCAAUCAAGAGCAUAUCCCCGUGGCGGUUGCCCGUCAAAAGGGAUCAAUUUUGAUAUGAAAUUCAUAAUUUUGUGGAUUA